GGGCAGCAAGGCAGGGCCCGGCAUGGCGGCGGUGACGGCUUUCCUCGCACGGCGCAGAGGCGGCAUUGGAGCUCGGACUUUUCAAUGUCUGAGAAGGCUGCACACGGUAUACCAGACGGUAGAAUUGCCGGAAACUCACCAGAUGCUUCGCCAAACAUGCCAGGACUUUGCUGAAAAGGAGCUGGCCCCCAUUGCUGCUCAGCUGGACAAGGAGCAUCGCUUCCCUGCAGAGCAGGUCAAGAAAAUGGGUAGCCUUGGACUUUUUGCAAUGGACGUACCUGAGAAGUAUGGAGGAGCUGGUCUUGAUUACCUGGCCUAUUCCAUCGCCGUCGAGGAAAUCAGCCGAGGCUGUGCAUCUACUGGAGUGAUCAUGAGUGUCAAUAAUUCCCUCUAUUUAGGACCAAUUUUGAAGUUUGGGUCUGAAGAGCAGAAACAGAAGUGGAUUGCACCUUUCACCAAUGGGGUCAAAAUAGGGUGCUUUGCCCUAAGUGAACCAGGCAAUGGCAGCGACGCCGGAGCUGCUUCAACAGUCGCACGGCUGGUUGGGGACGAGUGGGUCCUGAACGGCACCAAAGCCUGGAUCACCAACGCCUGGGACGCCUCUGCGACGGUGGUCCUUGCCACCACAGACAAGUCUCUGAAGCAUAAGGGCAUCAGUGCCUUCCUCGUCCCCAUGCCAACCCCUGGCCUGUCCCUAGGAAAGAAAGAAGACAAGCUGGGGAUACGAGCCUCCUCCACUGCCAACCUGAUCUUUGAGGACUGCCGUAUCCCCAAGGCCAACCUCCUGGGGGAGCAGGGGAUGGGCUUCAAGAUUGCUAUGCAAACACUGGACUCUGGGAGGAUUGGAAUUGCAUCUCAGGCAUUAGGAAUAGCCCAGGCAGCUCUCGAUUGUGCUGUGGAUUACUCUGAGAAGAGGGUGGCUUUUGGCUCCCCCAUUACUAAGCUGCAGGCCAUUCAGUUCAAGCUGGCUGACAUGGCACUGGCCCUCGAGAGCGCCCGCCUGCUGACAUGGAGAGCCGCCAUGUUGAAGGACAACGGAAAGCCCUACACAAAGGAAGCUGCGAUGGCGAAGCUGUCUGCUUCCGAGGCUGCAACUUCCAUUUCCCACCAGGCGAUCCAGAUCCUGGGAGGGAUGGGCUACGUGACAGAGAUGCCAGCAGAGCGCCACUACCGGGAUGCUCGGAUUACAGAGAUCUACGAGGGAACUAGCGAGAUACAGAGGCUGGUCAUUGCAGGGCAGCUGUUGAAAGCUUAUCGAGGCUGAGGGGCAGAAGAUCUCUGUUUCAGCGCCUCCUACCUCCUUGCAGAGAUGCACGUGCGAUUAGAGAUGGUAGACCCUGGGUCUGGUUACAAGCCAACACAGAGCCCCAUUUGCCAGAGUUUGGGCAGAGUAGGAGACUUGGGCCACCAUUUGCUGCAUGCCACAGCAUUCACUGUGAGAGUUGAACAGUAAGCCAGAGAGGAGAGUCUCACACAGCAAGUGUCCUCUGCCUUUAAGGUGCCUUAGAUAAAGAUAAUUAUAUACAUACACAAAAUGAAUAAAUUGCACUACCAAGGGUUUGAUUUCUCUCUCCUCACCCCACUUUGCACUACAGCCUCAGGUUGCGUUUAAUGGACAUUCAUUUGUGUGAUGUUUCUUUAAACUACCUCUGUCUGCAGCGGAGAUCAGGAGUGCAGAACUGUUGUAUGGAUAAAAGGAUAAAUUAAAACUCUUCUCCAGCAUGAGAUACUGCCCUGAAUAUGUUAGCAGGGUGCAGGAGUGGGCAUUCACUAAGAAUACCCACUGAGACCUGUGGGUGUAGAGGUUGUAUACAAAUUUAAUAAAUAACGAUCUGGAAGCAUAGUAAUUAUUGCCAUGGACCAUAGGCAAUAUAUGGAAGAUUAUGUUCAUGUUUGUUAAUAGUGGCAACUGAUAGGAAAUGUCCUGCUGGUUGGUGAAAGGCAGCCUCCUUAUCCUCUCUGUGAUCUAAAGUGUCUGGGAAAGAAACUGAGAUGCCUCUGCAUCUUUUUCUCACAUACAAUAAGGAAUCUUGCCAGCGUUCCUUCUGCCGGGGUCUCCGCUAUGUGGGCUCUCGCUUGCAGGGGGAGAAAGAGACCAACCUUGGACUCUGCAAAGCUUUCCACAACCGGAUGUUGGGUAGAGCACAGUGCUGAUAAUGUUCAUUCCCCAUUUGGGACAGUUGCAUAUUCCUCCAUUGCAAGGGGCUGGACUAGAUGAUCCUCAGACUCAACAAUUCUACCGGUAUGAGUCAAUCAAGGCAGUGUAAAGCAGGGGUUGGCAAACUUUUUGUGGCUUGGGCCGCUUCACGGUCCCGCAGAAGCAGCGGUGGGCCACGCAAACACUAUUUCUGGCAUGGAGGAGGCGUGCGCAGCUUCCCAUUGGCUGCAGGAGCUUCCUGCAGCCAAUAGGAAGCCGGCCAGCAUCAUGGAAGGCAGUCUCCACUCUGCUCUGCACUGGUUUAGCGCAGCGCACGGGAGCCGACCGAGCGGGCGGCAGGGGUCCAUGGGCCAGUUAAACAACCCCCUGGGCUUUAGGUUGCCGACCCCUGGUGUAAAGAGCAGUUAAGAGUACUGCUAUAGCAAAUGCUCUCUCAACUAAUGGCUCUUCUUCAGUUGGGCAAGGAGAUUCAAGAUGUAGGCCACUUAUUCCACUCUAAAAAUACUCUAAAAAUACAGCCAAACUUCACCUCCUUGCCCAAUUUCUAAAAUAAAUGUUUAGAAUUACACACAGCCACCUGUGUUGAUUUCCACCUUUCCUACCAUGGAUAACAAUUAUUGCAAUACAACAUUGUAUAUACAGGAUGAGGUGUCAUGGCUAUUCAGUAUGAUAACUAAAUAGAACAAACUUCAAGCAGCAGCGGCACUCUAUACCUCUUACUAUAGGAUUUUAGAACUAGACAACUGAGGAGAGAAGUCAGCUUUUUAACCUUUUUUAUGAAUAUGUCGAAAAUAUCUUGCUGGUUACAAUGGAAACUGUUCUGGACUUGUUGGCCCUUUGGUCUGAAGCAGCAGAACAAGUUCUUAGUGGAAACAUAAUACUCUCAGCACCACUUGCAGUAAGAAGCCAGGGUAGAAGGCAAUCCCUGUUCUGUAAGCAAGUCCUACUUCCUCCACACCAGAAACACUCCUUUGGGGAAACUCACACCCCACAAUAACCUAGAAAGGCCAUAAACAUGCUUUCUUGUUUACUUGGGGACAUUAGUCUGCAAGGCCUCAUCUAAAGUAUGAAUGAAAGAUAUGGCUUCUGGCAGAGUGCAUUGUGCUCACAAGGCAACUUGGGCUCCCAGUUUCAAUUAAAAAAACAAACCAAACUUAACCCAACAAGUUUUUCUUAAUUUAAAGAGGGCAAUUAGCAACCAGCGUAACUUAUUCAGCAUUUUACCAAGCUUGCCAGAUCUGCAGUUUGGUUUGUGGUAAGUGAAGGUCAGUGAAUUCCCUCGCCUCUUUCCUGGGAACUACACAGCAAGCAACCUGUCCAUUUAUUUUUAUUUUUUAUACCACCCUUCAUCAAAACACAAGUAAAAGCACAAAUAAAUAGAAAAAAACACACCCCAAACACAAUGUUAAUCAUUCAAAGACCUGGUUGAAGAACAUUUUCACAAGGCACCUAAAGAUAUAUAAUGAAGGUGCCAGGCAAACCAACUUAGGGAGAGCAUUUCACAAACGGGGAGCCACUGCAGAAAAGGCCCACUCUCAUGUUGCCACCCUCCAGACCUCACGUAGGCACACAAGGGCUUCAGAGGAAGAACGCAGGGCAGGGCUGGUAUCGGUUCAUAUGAAGAGAGGCAGUCUUUGAGGUAUGGCGGUCCUGAGCAAUUUACAGCUACUGCUUUGCUAAUAUAAUGCUUGUGGGGCACGUCAAAUGAUUUCUGACAGUUUUUGCUCCUCAAAAACUUUUGGGAGACAUUUCUUCCCCCAAAUAGUUUACCGCCAGCUCUCAGUGCUCUUCACCUGCACGGUUUUACUUUCAAACACCAGCCUCUGCAAGCAACAAGCCCAUGGGGAGAUAAUCAUGACAGAAUCGGGAUUCAAGAUUACCUUAACUGAUUGGAAAACUGGACCCAAACGAAAAAGAUGAAUUUAAAUGGGGUCAAGGCUCUACACCUAGGCAGGAAUAACCAGCUGCACAAAUAUUAGAUGGGGGACACCUGGCUUGCCAUUAUUACAUGUGAAAAGGAUCUAGGGGGUUCUUAGACCAGUGUUUCCCAACCUUGUGCCUCCAGAUGUUUUUGGACUACAACUCCCAUCAUCCCUAGCUAGCAAGACCAGUGGUCAGGAAUGAUGGGAAUUGUAGUCCAAAAACAUCUGGAGGCACAAGGUUGGGAAACACUGUCUUAGACCACAAGCUUAACAUGAGUCAACGGUGUGAUGCAGCAGCAAAUAAAGCUAAUUCUAUUCUGCGCUAUUCUAUGGCUUUGACCUAUAAAGUUUUAUACAGCUCAGGACCUCAAUACCUCAAAGACCACCUUUCCCCAUAUGAACUGAUCCAGACUCUGCAAUCAUCAUCUGAGGCCCUUCUUGUUUCCUCUCCCCCCCCCCCCCGGAGGUUUGAAGGGUUGAAACACGGGAAUAGGCCCUUUUUUUGCAAUGGUUGCUUUUGGGGAAUGCUCUCCCCAAGGAGGCUCACCUGGUGCCUUCAUUACAUAUCAUUAGGCACCAGGCAAAACCUUUCUCUUCACCCAGGUGUUUGGCUGAUUUUAAAUGUUUCUGUAGGAGAGGUGUUAUUGUUUUGCAUUGCUUUGCUUUGCUUUGGUUUUAUUAGGUAUCUUGUGUUGUGAACUACCCUGUAAACUUCAGAUGAAGGGCGGCAUACAAAUUUAAUUAAUAAAUGAUGAGGAUGGACAAGCACCCUCAUCAAAUCAAGAAUUUCAAGGAAGCAACAAAAAAAAUCCAAAGCCAUUUUUUGUCCACUGCAGACUGAACAUUUCACCACUCCUCCUAAUUCAAUACAAUGCUGCUGCAGCCACGGUAGAAUUCAUGGCACUCACUAGGGGUCGAAUCCAACUUGGUGCCACUACUGUCAACCUAACGGCGUAAAGAUUUCUUGUUGCAAAAUUAAAUGUUUCCCCCCUCCAUGUGAACACCCACUAAAUGUGGUCUGUUCCUCCAACCUUCUGGAAGAGUUCUGCGGAGAGCACAAGGGAGGCAACGCGGCAGUUGAAUAGGUUUUCAGCAAAAGACAUUUCAACAGCACCGUGUGCCCUUAAUUCCCCAAGGUGGUGCCAGUGAAGCAAGCAAAGGGCUUCAGGAACUGCACAGGACUGCUGAGUAAAGCCCUAGACUUGUCAACACAAUACAAUGGGGUUCGGCAGGCACUACCCUGGCCAACGCCUCCUGGCCCAAUCCCAAAUUACACAACAGUGGGAUUAAACAGCUGCCACUUCCACAGGAAAACCUGCUUUCCAAAGAUAGCCAGGAUACUCAACAAAUGGAUUACGGUGAAGUUGGCAUCAUGAUAGCUCGUGUGGCAAAAUGGCUCCAAAGACUGCUGUGAAUCGGGGAGCCUCCUGCUUCAGUUCCACCAGCCACGAGGACACAGCAGACCACUGUCCCCCUCAGCAGGAGGGCACAUAACAGGGUGAUAUUGCAGCUGUUCAGGAGUAUCACUAGUAGUGGAAUAAAUGAAUCUGUCUCUUACAGAACUAGCUUAAACCCAGUUAAACCAGACAAGAAUUUUAAGUGAUCAUAAAUGCACAGCAGGUACGUAAUGUUGCAGGUUGUGGAAGAUGAACUAUAAAAUCACACCUUCCUCCUGCAGUGGAAAGUCAAAGCAGAAAAUGCUACCUGUGUUAACUAAGGGCUGUUAUUUAUCCCAUCAGCACAGCCUAUCGUACAGUGUUUCGCCUCCUUAUAUGCUGAGAGAGCUGGUUAUUACAAAACGUUUUUUUAAAAAAAGAAUUCUGGGUAAACCGGGCCUUGAGAGUCAAUGCCUCAAUUACGUAUAAUUUCCACACAGUUGGUUUUGGGGGAUUUUUAGAGAACUACAGGCAGCAAAUUAAUAGGCACCCUGGAUGAUGGUGGGGCAUUAAUUACUGCACCACGGCAGAGUCUGAUUCCACUGCUAUAUUAUCCAAUUUGAAAUUGCUGAGUUUUAAAGUAAGAUUUACACGGCAUGGAGAGCCUUUUCCACCAGUUUGCACUGCAUGUAAUCUGGGUUAUAAUGAAGGCCACCAACCUUGAUGUCUUUGAAAGAUUAGACAAAUUCAUGGAGGAGAGGGCUAUCAAUGGCAACUAGCCAUGACGGCUAUGCUCAGUUGCUGGAAACCGGAAGUAAAGAGUGCUUUUGUGCAGGAAUCCUGCCCGGAGGUUUCCCACAGACAUCCGGUUGGCCACUGAGAACAGGAUGCUGGGCUAGAUGCGUCCCCUUUGGCCUGACGCAGCAGGCUUGUCUUAGGUACUGAAGGCUGCUUCUACCGAAGGUGGCCAGACCUGCUUCCUGCAUGCUCUGAAGUGUGCUUGACACAUGCAGCCAGUGGAGGGACAGGGCAGGAGGGCCACAGCAAAUUACUAUCCUCUUUGGGUGGGCCCCACUGGUGCUUUCGCUACUUGACUCAAAACACAGGCAUCUUGCACCAAUUCUAAAUUCACCUGAAAAGCCCAUCCUCACAGAAGCACCGAUUGUUUGGUAUAUACAUUUAAGCAACGAACAGUUAAUUCAUACUGACAACUAGGAUGCUAAGCAGAGAAUGAAAUAUGAUAUGA